AUGGCUGACGGUCUCUGUUUCUUCUCUAAGGAUAGCUUCAUUAUAAAAAAUCCAAAGAGAAAUCCCCUGGUGUUGAGAAUGGUGGUUUUAAUCUUUGUUAUGGUCUGCGGGGUUUAUAUAUGUUCAGUUUGUCUAAGACAAUAUAGUGCACAUUCCAGCGAACGUCUAUUGAAAGUUCAAGUGGUCGAGAGGCCAUGUGAAGCACCUGUUGUUGAACCUUCAGAAAAACCUUACGUGCAUUUUCCCAAGCCGAAGACUUUCAGCAGGUCCGAGUGCGCAUGCAAUCCCGUGCGUUAUUUUGCAAUUCUGUCCACCCAAAGGUCCGGGAGUGGAUGGUUUGAGACAUUGUUGAACAGUCAUAUUAACAUAAGCUCCAAUGGGGAAAUCUUCUCGGUUAAGGUUCGGAGGAGUAAUGUAUCAACAAUAGUGGAAACUUUGGAUAAUAUCUAUAAUCUAGACUGGCUUACUAGUGCCUCCAAGAAUGAGUGUACAGCUGCCGUUGGAUUGAAAUGGAUGCUUAAUCAGGGUUUAAUGCAGCACCAUGAAGAGAUAGUGGAAUACUUCAAUACUAAAGGUGUUUCAGCAAUUUUUCUCUUCAGAAGAAAUCUUUUGCGCCGGAUGAUUUCAAUACUUGCUAAUACCUAUGAUCAGAAUGCUAAACUGCUGAACGGGACACACAAAUCUCAUGUUCAUUCAACCCACGAGGCCGAGAUACUUGCUAGAUAUAAACCUACACUCAAUACAACAUUGCUGAUACCCAAUCUGAGGCAGGUGGACGAGAUGGUUAUGAAAUCUUUAGAAUAUUUCAAAAGCACUCGACGUAUGAUCAUUUACUAUGAGGACAUAAUAAAGAACGAAACUAAAUUGAUGGACGUUCAGGAUUUUCUAAAGGUUCCACGAAGGAACCUGAAUAGUCGUCAGGCUCAACCAACCAACACAGUUACUACUAGAAAACCAGGCCUUGUUGCCUCAGUACAAUGUCAUGGUGGGAGAGGAUAUUAUUCUAUGCGGGAAGUGAUGAAGGCUCGGGGCUCAAAAGGAUCGAUUAAUUAUCAUACAGAGGAUGACUUGACUGAGUAUUCACCGGUAUAUAUAGCACCCCAGGUGGGUUUGAAGGAAGCUGACAAGAUCAUAAUGUUGCCAGGGCAACCAAAAGUGGACUUUGCUCAGUAUUCGGGCUAUGUGACUGUUGAUCGUAGGGCCGGUCGAGCACUCUUUUAUUAUUUUACCGAGUCUGAGGAUCCUUCCAGCAAGCCUCUAGUUUUGUGGCUGAAUGGAGGACCGGGGUGCUCAUCGAUAGCAGGUGGAGCAAUGACUGAACUUGGACCAUUCCGGGUGAAUAGCGAUGGUAAAACUCUAUGGUAUAACAAAUACGCUUGGAACAAUUUGGCAAAUGUUCUCUACUUGGAAUCCCCAGCUGGCGUCGGAUUUUCUUACUCGAAUACAUCUAUGGAUCAUGAUGAUAAACAGACUGCAGUAGAUUCGUAUACCUUUUUAGUGAACUGGUUAGAAAGAUUUCCAGAAUACAAAACCCGGGAUUUUUACAUAACUGGAGAGAGUUAUGCAGGUCAUUAUGUGCCUCAACUUGCUGAUUUAAUCCUAGAAAAAAACAAAAUCAUGAACCAAACGGUCAUCAAUUUAAAAGGAAUUGCCAUUGGGAAUGCAUAUAUUGAUCUUGAGGAUGAGUAUAAUGGCAUUUAUGACUAUUUCUGGACACAUGCUAUGAUGUCGGAUGAACAUCACGAGGCGAUUGCAUCAACGUGCAAUUUUUCUUCGUCAAACUCCAUAUCAACAGCCUGUAAUGCAGUUCUUGAUAAAACAGAUGCUGAUAGAGGCAAUGUCUUCUUUUACGAUAUUUAUGCUCCCUUGUGUAUUUCUUCAUCUUCAAAUUCUCCCUCGAAACAGAGUUCAGGAUUCGAUCCCUGCUCGGGGGAUUAUGUCUUCACCUACUUAAACACUCCUGAAGUGCAAAAGGAACUUCAUGCCAAUGUCACUGGAAUUCCUGGACCAUGGGACUCUUGCAACGACACCAUAUUUCUUAAUUGGAAGGACAUGCCGGACACAGUACUACCUACAAUUAAGAAACUGAUGGGUAGUGGACUUCGCGUUUGGAUCUACAGUGGAGAUACAGAUGGUAGAGUGCCAGUGACAGCAACUCAGUAUUCACUUACGAAAAUCGGCGCCCCUGUAAAGACUCCAUGGUACCCUUGUUACCUCCAUGGUGAGGUUGGAGGUUAUGUAGUUCAAUACCAGAAUCUGACAUUUGUGACUGUACGAGGAGCAGGACAUUUUGUCCCGAGUUACCAGCCUGAGCGUGCACUAACCUUCUUCUCGUCCUUCUUAGAGGGAAAGCUUCCUCCAGGCACAACUAAAUAA